UUUUACAUCCACCGUAGAUCGCAGCGAGCUUGGCCGCUUUAAUUGUCAGUGUUUUGUUUCCGUUUUCUGUGUGAAUACGUUCGUCUGAUCAGUGGAUUGUACGGUAAACUCGCACAACAUGACGAGUGAAAUAAAUUAAGCCCUCCGUACCAUCAGCGACCCAUCGCCCGCCGUCCCAACCCCAUGAUGGUGUGAUCUAGUGUCAGUGUCCUUCAGUCGAUACGAGUGUGUAAACGUACAAUGGAAAGCAACUCGGUGUCCCCCAUGCCGGAUAUGGCCCCCAUAGCGGAAUUCGACAAGACCCCUCCCACCCCUCCGGAAGACACUCUUCCCAUGGACGACCUGCCGCCGCCGCCGACUACGGUCACCGUCCAAGAAGAAAAAGAAAAGGAAGCACACCGGCACUACGAAGAGGAAAACCAAUGGGGCUGCGGCAGCUGGCUGGAGUACGCCCUGGUAAUGAUCCUCGCGUGCAUCCUCCUCCUGGCGUCUCUAGCUCUGACACUCUACUGGGUAAUCAAACACCGAGGAGGCUUCGCGUGGAGAGAUGACCCGAUAAAACAGUUCAAUUUCCAUCCGGUUCUGAUGGUCGCCGGAUUCAUCACGUUCAGCGGAUUCUCCGUUCUACUGUACAGAAUAUGUCGGUGCUGCCGAAGGAUCUACGUCAAGCUUCUCCACACCGUCUUUCACGCUUUGGCGAUUCCCUGCGUCGCCGUCGGUUUCCUCACGGUGCUGGACUCGCACAACCUCGCGCAGCCCCCCAUUCCUAACUUCUACUCCCUUCACAGCUGGAUCGGCCUGGUCACGAUGGGCCUCUUCGCCAUACAGUUCGUCGUGGGUUUCUUCAGUUUCCUGAUCCUUUUGUGCUGUGAGGGAGCCACCGCGGGUUUCAGAGCGUCCCUGGUUCCUAUCCACGCCUCUUUCGGCCUAACGACCUUCAUGUUGGCCAUCGCGGCAUGUCUUACAGGACUAACUGAAAAAGUAUUCUUCUCGCUGUCGAAUUACUCGAAAUGGCAGGAGGAUCUCGCGGAGGAGCCUAUCAUAGUGAACGCUCUUGCUAUGGUGCUGGUGGCACUUGGUAUUUUAGUAUCUUUCGCAGUUCGCAGUCCGACCCUCCGUGGCGAUACAAAGGUGUGUGUAACGGAGAGAUUGUAGGACAGUGCGCUUCCAAGCGCCAAAGUCUCGGAUGUGAACGCCUCUCAAGAACCUGAACGUUUCUAACACCAAGGAUCUUUAACAGACAUGAUUUUGCAUGUGUAAAUUGUGUUUGUUUGGUGUUCUAAUUCGACUUUCUAAGAUAUGCCAAAAUAGAGCAGUACUAAGCAUCGUAGUGUAGCUAAUCAUGGGAUAAUCGGGCACACCGAUGACGGAUUUGACGAAACGUUGCCAUAAAGUGUGCACGUCUGUCCUUACCUUCUCAUUAUCUCUGAUUAACCUAUUAACAUUGUACAGAAUCGAAAUUUGUUAACACGGAAGGCUCAAACUCACUCUAUGUAUUAUAAUCAAAUACUCAUAGCUGUGUGUGCUAUUUCUAUUUAAGACUAUAUGAUAGAGCAUUUUAUAAAUAUUUAAAUUUGUUGAAAUAUUUAUAUUACGUUUUAUAGAACAAUGUAGAAAGAAUGUUUGUUGUAGUAGAUCUAUUUCUGAAAGCAAUCUGUUUCUAAUGUACGAGUUCAAUGUUAUAAUAAUAAGAGGAUUUAGCGUCACAUUUUUAAAUGUUACUUCCAGUUCUGCAUUCAUGCUUGACACGAGUACAAUUUUUUUAAUGGACCAAUAAAAACAUUACGACUUGUUCGUUAUUAUAUACAUAUAUUGAAAUUUGUUGUUUCUUCUAGAUUUGUUAUAUUUAUAUUUUAAUUCCAGUAAUUAGAGUAUAUCAUAGAAGUUAAAUAUGACGUGCAAAUUAAAUAAAUGUGUACAACUAUUUAUAAGUUUUAAUAAAUGUAUUGAAAUUA